UUAUCGUUGUUGCAAUCGCUUUUGUAACGUUAGUUCUGCCCAGGUACGUGACUCCGUACCGAUAACGCUUGUUGUUGUUGAACAACAGGUUAAAAUUGUGAUCACGAAACAAUGUAGCUUUGCAAGCUUGGCAUCCAAUCUUGUCGAACAUAGUCUUCCGGAAAAUUCAUGAGAAUUGUUUACAUUUUUGGUGAUGGAUUCUGAACUAUCCUAGACCUGUGUUAUUACUUGGUUCAACUGGUUUUGUGUUGUCGAUAUGGUCGGUCAAAAUUGCAUUUUAUAAAAAACAAUGUAUAAUGCAGUUCGCUUUGCUGCGACAGAACUCGGAUUAUUGAAUUAAUCCUGGUGCCAUAUAGUCAUUCGCGAGUUGUUUUUUUUUCGAAACUUUGGUUGUGUUUGUUCAUCCUUAUAAAAAUUUAUUCCGUACAUUAUGUUAAAAUCCACCUUUAGAAGUCAGUGGAACAAAUUCGUGAUUAAAAACCAGCAACCAGAGUCAUAGACCCCAGGGGUCUAUACUAUGACCGCUAUGACUCUGCAGCAACUUAAUAGAUAACAAUUUGUACGCACAUUUGACUACAGUGGUACGUACUACCUCACCAACAAACAAAGGCGUCUGCUAUUAUUUUUUUAGUUAGACAACUAAGUUUGAAUUUGAAAUAGUGAAAACCAGUUUAGGAUUGCUGCAGGCUAAAGGAAACUUUCCAGAAGAAGGUAUAGCUUUGUGGUGAAACACGUUUGGAGAGUCCGUAAACCAACAACACUACAACAGCUGGCUGAGCUGACCAAAACUGGCAACACACCUGUACUUUUCUCAGGUGGAUACUGCCAAUACACGCUGUGAAUAUUGUUACUCUUAGUUGGCUUUCUUGUGACUUGCCUUGGUUUAUAAGGUUAUAGUAUCAUGGAAUGCCUUUUAUUUUAUCAGCACAAGGUAAUGUGAAGAUCUCUUGGGAAACAUAAAUUCAACUUUCAGUUUACAUUUGAAAUACCUAAUGUGAAUUUUCGUACAUUUUCCACAUUGUGUUGAAUGGGAGUUUCAGUUACAACGAGAUGUUUUCACAAUAGAAUAGACUACAGUUGCUGAACCUUAGGAUGUCCCAAUACCACCGCUGCGUAGUUGCAGUAUUGAUCAUCAUUCUUUUAACGCGACUAUACUACAGAACGACAUUAUUUAAAAAAGGCGGUACUUUUUCAACUACCAAUUUGCUCAAUACCUUUCCUAGCCCUCAACCAGUAAAGAAGAUACUAUUCUGGUAUGAACAGUACAAACCACCCAGACGACGAAACGGCUUUGAAAUUGCACAGGGACCAACCGGCAUGGCAGAGGAUGCCUAUCGUCUUACUCACUGCCAGUUACAGUGUGAUAUAUUUAGCCGUGGUCGUAUUGUUAACUGGGAACUAUUGAAAGAAUAUGAUGCCAUCAUCUUCCACCAACACGAUUGGACGCCUGAUGAUGUACCUGUCAAGAGGUGGCCUCAUCAGCACUACGUUUUCUUAAGCAUGGAGUCCCCUGCGUGGAGAUUCGUAAAUACUGAAUCGAUGAAAAAUUUUUUCAACAGAACAAUGACAUAUCGCAGAGAUUCUGAUAUUUACAAUCCGUAUGGUUGGUUCAGUGCUCUUACAGAAAGUGUCACGCUCGACUCGUCACGAAUAAAUCCCCUGACCCUUAAGCAACUGAUGCGUGAUGUUCACUUUGAUACCACCAACUACGGGGCUGGAAAAACGAAAAAGGUUGCCUGGUUCGUCUCCAAUUGCAAAUCUCUUAGCGCUCGGAACGAAUACGUCAAUCGACUGAAAACCUUCAUCGACGUCGACAUUUACGGACAGUGCGGAACAAUGCGAUGCUCUCGUUCAAAUUCUGAGUUGUGUCACGAAAUGUUGGAGCGUGAUUAUAAAUUCUAUCUAUCAUUAGAAAACACUUUGUGUGAGGAUUACGUCACGGAAAAGUUUUUUGAUCAAAUGCGAUACCACAUUAUUCCAAUCGUUUUCGAUCUCCACGGUCAUCACAAACGAAUAGCUCCUCCACAUUCUUACAUCAAUGCUGCUGAUUAUCAAUCAAUACGAGAAUUGGCUGAUUAUUUGCUCUUGUUGGAUGGAAACGAUACGCUUUACAACGAAUAUUUUUGGUGGAAAAAGCAUUAUAUCGUUGGUGGGGGUCCUAGGGAUGCUAAAGGGGGCAUGUGUCGUUUAUGUGAUUAUUUACACAACUCAACUUUACCUUUAAAAGUUUACCAAAAUAUGACUCAAUGGUGGGAUGUUCAAUCAAAAUGCCGGACUGUGGCCUUUAUCAACAAUACCAUCAUGCCCAAACACGAUGCUGAUUUUUACUGGGAGUCCUUUCUUGCAUGAUCACAUAUCUUUCGUUCUUGGUACGUUUUCUUUGUGUGUUUUUCUCUCUAUUAAAUCACUAAAAGUGAAUUUUUUCUGCUGCCCAAUUUUAUAGCUAUCCAUGUGAUGCAAAGAUUUUAAAAAUAUUGCACUGGCACUGGAAUAAACUUAAAUAUAUAUUUACACGA